AGGCUGACAGAAUGUGGGUAAGGGCGGUGUCGCGGGCCAGCUGCCCAGCCGCGGAGCCUGCAAACAUGGCGAGUGCGGCUGUGCACGCAAUCAGCGGUGCAUCGUGCGCUACUGGGGUGACCAUGGCACCCGCCAAGGCCCUCCAGGUGGUGGAAGUGGGGCCGGGGGACAAGAAGCUGACCGCAGAAGAGGCCCCAGUAAGGGCAGAGGAGAAGCCAGGUGGGAGCAGCGCGCGGCCACCCCUGGAGGCGCUGGCGGCCCUGCAGUGCCAGCUGAGGGCCGAGAGCGCCCGAGGCCACAGGGUCUACCUUGGUGUGAAGCUGGCCUCGGCCGAGCGGCGGAAGCCCAUUCUAGAGCGUAGGCGGAGCAUCAUCCAGUGCAUCCCUGGUUUCUGGGCCAAAGCCAUUCGGAACCACCCCCAGAUAUCAGACAUCAUCAGUGAGCAAGAUGAAGACAUGCUUGAGUACUUGGUCACUUCUGGAGGCUAUCGGGCCACUCGUUCGACCGUGGUCCACUGGUUCUGGGACUACGAACGGGGGGCGCCCAGCCGCAGGCUUGACACAACCAGCGUCAACCUCUUCAACUGGCUGUCAGAGCACAGUCUUCCAGGCUCGGGCAAGAUUGCUGAGGCUGAGGGUGGGGACAGUACUGGAGUUUUUGAGCUGGAGGACCGCAGGCUGGUGGUCGAGGGGAGGUCAGGGGACGCAGUGCUGGUGGAAGCGGACUGGGGGGCCUUGGAGUAG